GAUGUCGUCAAAAAAACAGUGUAUAUCUAGGGUUAAGAUGUACCGCGUGUCUCGACUUUGGACUUUAUCUGAGUUGAAUGCAGAGUGUGUUUAGAGGAACUUGCAAUAAAUGUUGUGUGUUUUCCAGAGUAUUAUCAUAAGAUGGGAGCCUCCGCUUGAGGGACAGAACGGGAUCAUCACGGGUUAUAGAAUACGCUAUCGCAGAUAUCCGCACGAUCCCCGAUCCGGGGACAGGCGGUCCCCGAUCACGGUGACAACUGAGGGAAAUCAACGUUUGUACGUGCUUACCGGGCUCGAAAAGCACGUUGUGUAUCAAGUCCGCAUAUGUGCCUUUAACGUCAAUGGAACUGGGCCUUGGACAGAAUGGACGAAAAUAGAGACGUACGAGAACGAUUUGGACGAGACGAAAGUACCUAACGCACCCAGUAAUGUGAGAGUGAAUGCUAUGGCGGAUUAUAUACAGGUAUCGUGGCAUCCCCCGAAGGAUCAGAGCAUCAAAAUAAGAAAGUAUAAGUUAGGCUGGGGCAAGGGAUAUCCCGAUGUCGAGAUACAGGUUCUUGACGGAAAGCAACGAUCUUACACUAUUAAGCCUAUAGAACCAACAACGGAGUACGUAAUAUCUUUAAGAGCAACGAACAAUGUUGGCGAUGGUCAACCAGCGUAUGCAAAUGUAAGGACUUCCGAGCGUAUUGUACUUGAAUCCGCAGUGCCUUUAAUACCACCCGUUGGCCUUAAAGCUAUCGUGCUCUCGGCUUCUACCGUUGUACUGUACUGGACAGACACGACCUUAUCGAAAAGUCAAUAUAUCACCGAUAGUCGAUACUACGUGGUGCGUUAUACGUUCUACCAUCACAGCAGCAGCCCGAGAUACAAAUACUAUAACGCCACUGACCUCAACUGUAUGAUUCACGACUUAAAGCCCAACACUCAGUACGAGUUUACGGUUAAACUGGUCAAGGGUAAACGAAGCUCGCCGUGGAGUAUGGUCGUUCUAAAUCAAACGCAAGAGGCUGCUCCUAGUUCGGCCCCUCGGGAUCUGACCAUUCAAACCGUCGAGGAUCGUCCGACUUCCGUUCUGCUGCGAUGGCAGCCCCCUAAGCAGCCCAACGGACAAAUCACAGGAUAUCUCGUAAUUUAUUCCACCGACAACACGAAAUGGGAUCGCGAUUGGCUGGUCGAGGGUGUCAUCGGCGACAAGGUGGACGCUAUCGUGAAGAGUCUGCAGCCUAACACAAUGUAUUACUUCAAGAUGCAAGCCCGUAAUUCCAAGGGAUAUGGGCCGUUCUCUACGACAGUCUCAUUUAAAACGCCACAAAGCAAUGGCAUGGAUGAUGAAUUGCAUGGUCGAGAUGGACGAAGCUUCUCCAAUCUAUUGAUUUACAUCAUAGUCGGUCUCUCGAUCGUCUUUAUCACUGCCAUAUCGGUGGUGGUCGUAGUGUGCUGUAAACGUAAUCCAAGCUCUCCAGAUCGAAAGAAAGGAUAUAUGAAAGAUACGAAUCAGAAGACGAAUAUCAAGCCGCCAGAUUUGUGGAUUCAUCACGAUCAAAUGGAGCUGAAAGCGCUUGAGAAAUCAUCUCUGAACGGUGAAGCUUCCACUAGCGGCGUCACCAGUAAUACAUUACCUAGGUCUGGAAAUCCAGACUAUAAUCCAGAUAAUAUACACGGGAAUUCCAGUUCGCUGGAUAAGCGUACUUACGUGCCAAGUUAUAUGGGUAACACCGACGAGAAGUGCUCGACCCUGAGCAGACAGCACAGUCGUGGAAGCCACAAACCUAAAUUAAUUACACUCCCCGACAGUACACCUUUGCAUCAGCAUUUAAAUGUAAACACGAUUCAUGAUAAUUCUGCAGAAUGUAGUGAAAAUAUUCCUCCAUCUGAAAAGGAUAGUCAUGUGUCACAAGUGACAGUAAGGCCAACGAUGUCUGGGAGUCCGUACAAAAAACCACAAGGUUCGACGUCGCAAUUAACAAAGAAUCGCUUAGCCUCUGUGCCAAAUGCGGCACACACUUCGGAGGAAGUUGAACGGUUAAAGCCUUCGUACAGCACUGAAGAAUUGAAUCAGGAAAUGGCCAACUUAGAGGGUCUUAUGAAAGAUCUGAAUGCCAUAACAGCAUCGGAAUUCGAAUGCUAAAGUAGGUUCCUAAGCCUUGUGCCAUCCUAAAACUGAUGGAUAGACUGCAACGCCGUGUUCUCUCAAUGUUAGUACCCGAGAGGUAAAUUGACUGUCACACUUUUUUUUGCUAUUUAUCGCUGAAUUCUUUCCCAGUGAAUUUUGAAUUCGCCAUUUUGAGAUCGCGCGUAGAAGAAAAGCGAAUAUUGUACAGUUAAUUAGCGUCGAUGAACGGCGCAAUUAAUGCGCGAUCCAGAUGUUAAUUGGGACACGUGCAAAUCAACGGCUUGCGCCGCGGGAAUUCCGUCACGUUUCCGUUCUCUCCGGUACUAGCGUUGCUUAUCCUGGGCGUGUAAAACUCCAAUAUUGUACUUGCCAACGUAAUCCGACGUCGCGUUUUCGCGGCGUAUU